UUGGUUGUCCUGUUCCAUAUUAAGGUUUGAUAACGUCAAAUCUAGACCAUGAAUUCUCAAGAAACUCAAAAAUUUCAGAGUCCCUCAAUUUUAUAUAAGCCUAAUAACAACCCACAAAAACAGAAAACCAAGCCAAGAAUAUGGCUCUCUUGGUGCCAUCACCGUCCAGGGCCAAACCCUUCCAAUUUUCACCCCUUCACACCCCCAACCUCAAACCCAAUUCCUCUAAAACCACACAAAAGCAUAAACAAUCACUGCAUUAUGCAACAGAAGCAAGAUUUGCACACAAUUGCCUCAAAAAUGGUUUCUUUUCCAAAGGAAAAUAUGAAAGUAGCAGAAGGGUGAUGGCAAUUGUCAGAGCAGCAUCUGUCCCACUGUCAGGAGAUGAAAAAGAUUCAAGCUUUGGUAGAAUUCUGCUGUCUGAUGUGGUGGUGCAGAGGAGGAGGAAUGUGUACUGGGGCAGAAAGUGGAAUUCUUUGGAUGUGGCCACGGUUGGGGUGGUUGUUGCUAUGCAUUUACUAUGUGUUCUUGCUCCUUUCACAUUCAACUGGGGUGCCUUUUGGGUUGCUGUUGGAUUGUAUGUGAUCACUGGGCUUCUGGGAAUCACUCUUUCUUUCCAUAGAAAUCUUUCUCAUAGAAGUUUCAAGCUUCCCAAAUGGCUUGAGUACCUUUUUGCAUAUUGUGGUGUUCAAGCCCUUCAGGGUAAUCCAAUUGAUUGGGUGAGCACACAUAGGCACCACCAUCAGUUUUGUGACUCUGAAAAAGACCCUCACAGCCCCCUUGAAGGAUUUUGGUUUAGUCACAUGAGUUGGCUGUUUGACACAAAAGCCAUUCUUGAAAGGUGUGGGGAGCCCAACAAUGUUGGAGACUUAGAGAAGCAGCCCUUUUACAAGUUUCUUCAAACCACUUACAUAAUUCAUCCAUUGGCUCUUGGAGCUCUACUGUAUGCAGUGGGAGGGGUUCCCUACAUUGUGUGGGGAAUGGGCGUGAGAAUCGUGUGGGUGUACCACAUCACUUGGCUGGUGAACUCCGCUUGCCAUGUUUGGGGAAACCAGGCGUGGAACACUGGUGAUCUAUCUCGAAAUAAUUGGUGGGUGGCAAUGCUUGCAUUUGGAGAGGGCUGGCAUAAUAACCACCACGCGUUUGAGUAUUCAGCUAGGCACGGACUUGAAUGGUGGCAAAUAGAUAUGACUUGGUAUGUCGUUAGGCUUCUUCAAGCUAUUGGAUUGGCCACGGAUGUCAAGCUACCGACCACGGCCCAAAAGCAACGUAUGGCUUUUAGCAGUUAAGGUUUAGGCUGCAGCCACUUGGUUGUUGAGGGGACCUGUCAAAAAGAAAGCGGAACGCAGAAUGUCAUGUAUAGAUGAGGGGACUAGUACUUCUCUACGUAUAUUUAGAGUAGAAGUUGAGAGUUUUCUCCGCUUUUCUUGAUGAAGAAAUGAACAACUUUGUGAUGAGUAGAGGUUGCUGGAGUCAAGAGAUGAUAGAUUGUGAUGUUAUGAUAUGAGGUCAAGGAGUAGGAUUGAUCAUCAAAGGCACCGGAUCUUUUGUUAUACGUUCGUGUCACACUGAUGUCGGUCUCACGUGUAUUGUAUACAGAUUCACUUUUUAAAUCAUAAUCUAACUCAAUUAUU